GGAACCUGAGGCUACUCUUCUGCGAUCACAGGAUUCUCGGCGGUGACUUGACCCCGGAAGUGGGGUGUGGAGCUCCGGUGCCGGUGCGGCGGGGGACUGCGGCGCGUGCCUCAGUUUAAACCCCCUCAGCAGUCUUUCUGUCGUUGCCCUCCACACUGCGAGACUCUGGAGGGCGAUCUGGAGGUCUGGAAGAUAACCGAUUCCUGGGAGAUUGGGGUUAGUCUCCAAUCUGUCCCUGGCUCAUCUUGUGACCCGAAGCCGGUGGCCUUGCCAGGAAUAUUCUAGAAUGAAUGCGCAUAAAAAUACCUUCAAACGGUAGCAGCAGCAGCAGCAGCAGCAGCAGCAACAGCAGCAAUGUUUCACUUCUUCAGAAAGCCUCCGGAAUCUAAAAAGCCCUCAGUACCAGAGACAGAAGCAGAUGGAUUCGUCCUUUUAGUGACAUCAAGACUUAAGAAGAUUGAAAAAUGUCCCAUCUUCAGAGGAAAUCUAGGAGAUACAACAAAUGAGCAAAGAACGGCAGCAAGAGGCAAAACUUCAGACGUAGAAGCCAGCCAACCUUUGGAGACCAACAAAGAAAAUUCAUCCAGUGUGACUGUAUCAGACCCUGAGACGGAAAAUAAGGCAGGCCAGACUCUGGAGAACAGCUCAUUAAUGGCCGAGCUCCUGAGCGAUGUACCCUUCACCCUGGCCCCGCAUGUGCUGGCAGUGCAGGGCACCAUCACUGACCUUCCUGACCACUUACUCUCCUAUGAUGUCAGCGAAAACUUAUCACGGUUUUGGUAUGAUUUCACUCUUGAAAAUUCAGUGCUCUGUGAUUCAUAAUCUUUAUAUCUGUUUGCACCUUAACAGCUUUAAAAUAUGUUCACCUAUUUCAUUUGACCUGUUUGAUGUUCUUUGCCGUUUCACUGUUUAAGGCCCUCAGCAAAGUAAGGAUCAUAAAGCAAAGAAAAUAGCAUUAUGUUAAUUACUCUAUUUUUAAGAAAAAUGUACAUUUGUGUACAAAUUGAACUUAAGUUCUACUUCCUUUCUCCCAUAUAAUAAACAUAAAAAUUAGGCUAUGAAGGUUUUAUGAAAGGAGUCAAUUCCUUCAGAUGGUCUCUCAAAAUAUAACACCUCAAAUUUAUCUUAGAAGAACUGUGAAAAAGAAUUGUGGCAUUUUUUAGUUACCACAGCUCCGAAGUCUGAGCUAGACGUGGGUGUGAAGUCUCCUCUCUGGUUUGUAGGAAGUUGAAUUAGUGUUAUUCCUGAAUUGUUUUCUUCCACAGUGUUUAUGAAUGAACUCAGAAAAAAAGUUACCAGUUCGCUUAAUUUCUUCAGACGCAUUGAUGUGGAAGUUUAAAACUUGUCCUAAACAACAGUGCUAGUUUGCUGAUACGAGAAUGCUAGACCUGCUCUGCGUGCUGUUUCUGGAGUGGCCCAUUUCCGUUUUCUGAAACCCAUGGCAGCCCUUUCCAUUGUGAAUAAUUUCUAUGUUCCCACCUUUGUUCUCUGCCUUUGCGCUACUUCAGUGUGCUCUCUGACCAGCUUUCCAAAGAACUUGCCCUGCUUCUGCCUCGGUUGGCAUUUGCUCUCCUUACCACAUAUGUUCCCAGUUGCUGAAGAGAUCCACAUUUCCUUUCAACCUCUCUGCCUCCUCAAGAAAAACAUCCCAUGAUGAUACAUAUUAUUGCUGAUAACACGCUUAUUUAGAAAUUUGUUGGCCACAAUACAGAUGGAAAUGUUUUACUCCUGGAAAAACUAAAAUCAACUCAUUUCCAAUUAGAGUAUAGGCAAAACACCUACAUAUGACUUUUAGUUCUUGAAUAUCCAUUGUUCACUUUAAUGAAAACAGAACUGCCAUUGGUCAAUAAACUGUAAAGGGAAGAGGCAAAUUGUGAUAGAGAAUUUUCUAUGCCAUGGGAAAUUGAAAUCACAUUUAUUUUGAUGACCAGCAAUAUGAUUUAUUAACUCUGUGCCAAGUUUUAAGUAUAUUUUUUCACAAAGAGUACCAUAGUGAAACUAAACACUGUGCAUAAAGGUACAUGAAUUAUUCCAGUUUUAAAGUAUUAUUAUGCGUGUUUGUUUUAAUAAAUGUGGCAUGGUUUUAAUACAAAUGCUAUGUUAUUUAAAAGUUACAGGAACAUUUCUAUUGACAAAAAUAUGCUUCCUUUACUUAUUAUGUUACCAUAUGAUGUUAAUGAUUACAUUAGAUCUUUACAUAGUUUUUAUAAAGCAUCAGUCUAGGAAAUAUGACUUAUUGCUGAUGCAAAUGUGAACAUUUUGUAGUAGUUUUGUAAAAGCACAUCCUUUUCAAAUAUCUAUGUUAAUGUACCCUUAAACUAAAUGCAAGCACAUAGUCAGUUUGUCUAGUUUAUGUGUGAAAUUUUGUCUAAAAUACCUAAACAUUUCAUCUAUAUUUAUGUCUACCAUGUUAUCAAUGUUUAUAAGUACCUUCAUGUGUCUAUAAAAAUGUUAUAUUUAAAUAAAUGUGAAUUAAAAUAAAAUUUUUGAUUAUUUUCAGAUCCAGAAAAA